AGGAGGAGGAGGAGGAGAAAGAGAGGAGAAGGAGGAGGAGGAAGAAGAGAAGCAAAUUGAGGAAGAGGGAAAGAGGAGUCAGCUAGGAAACCGAAAGAGAAACGAUCCAUGCGCUCAACGCAGCCAUGGCUUCGGUUAAGGUGGCCGUCAGGGUUCGACCCUUUAACAAAAGAGAACUGGCCAUGAAUGCGAAGAACAUCGUGCAGAUGGACGGCAAGAGAACUCGUAUCUUUGGCACCAAGACACCGGGUAGCUGCAAGGAAAUCGACCGAGAGAAAUACAAGGACUUCACGUUUGAUCAUUCUUAUUGGUCCUUUGAUCUAACCGACGAUAAUUAUGCCUCCCAAGAAGAGGUUUUCUAUGAUCUUGGUACGGACGUUAUAGAAAGUGCCUUCGAAGGCUAUAAUGCCUGCGUAUUUGCCUAUGGUCAAACAGGAUCUGGGAAAACCUUUACUAUGAUGGGUUCACCGGAGUCUCAGGGUUUGAUACCAAGAAUCUGCAAGACGUUAUUCGCGAGGAUGGCCGCUGGGAAAGAAAGUGGAGCAUCGUACAGGACGGAAGUGUCCUUUCUAGAAAUACACAACGAGAGAGUAAAGGACCUAUUAAGGAUAGAUCAAACGCAAUCUCAUUCUUUGAGAGUACGAGAACAUCCGAAACGUGGUCCAUAUGUUCAAGAUUUAUCCAGUCAUUUGGUCUAUGAUUAUUCGGAUAUACAGGAAUGCAUGGUGAGAGGUAAUACGCACAGGACUACAGCUAGCACAAAUAUGAACGACGUUAGUAGCAGGAGUCACGCGAUAUUUACAAUAACAUUUGUACAAGCCGGCUUUUCCGAAGGCAAUAUGCCUUCGGAAACUGUUUCCAAGGUGCACCUCGUCGACUUGGCUGGAAGCGAACGUGCUAACGCGACCGGAGCAACGGGACAACGACUGAAGGAGGGUGCACACAUUAACAAAUCACUGGUGACUUUAGGAUCUGUGAUAUCGGCAUUGGCCGAGGUUAGCUCAUCGGGAGAUUCUUCUUCUUCCAAACGAAACGUUUUCAUACCGUAUCGCGACAGCGUGCUAACAUGGUUGCUCAAAGAUUCGCUUGGUGGAAAUUCGAAGACGAUUAUGAUAGCAGCUAUCAGUCCUGCUGAUUGUAAUUACGGGGAGACCUUGAGUACUCUCAGGUAUGCUAAUAGGGCGAAGAAUAUAAUCAACAAGCCUACCAUCAACGAGGAUCCUAACGUUAAAUUAAUCAGAGAGUUGAGAGAAGAAAUUCAAAAGUUGAAGUCCCUCAUUGGGAAAGACAUGAGCAUAGAAAGACCACCGCAGGUGCUGUUGGCCCAAAUCCACGAGAAACAGGAACAAGAAAAGGUGCUGACCGAGGAAUGGACUGAAAAGUGGCGAGAAACCCAACAAAUUCUUCAAGAACAGAAAGCUCUUGGUCUUCGUAAAAGUGGAGUCGGGGUUGUUCUAGAUUCGGAGAUGCCACAUUUGGUUGGCAUCGACGACGAUCUUCUUAGCACCGGUGUAACGCUUUAUCAUCUGAAAGAAGGAAAAACGUUAGUUGGAACCGAGGAGGCUGCUACCACGCAGGACAUUGUCUUGACCGGUCCUGACGUCGAGCCGGAACAUUGUGUAGUGGAAUUAGACAAUGGUGUAGCAACCCUACACCCUCUUUCCCCGCACUGCUGGAUCAACACAGCCCAAGUGGACAAGCCUACUAGAUUAUCGCAAGGUUGUAUCAUCCUAUUGGGUAGGAACAACAUGUUUCGUUACAACGAUCCAGCGGAAGCGGCUAAGCUAAGGAAAGAGGGUGGUACAGGGAAUGGAAAUCUACAGUCAACUGUUGUCAAUCUUUCGAGAUUGUCAUUAUUGAGCUGGAGCGUAUCGGAUCUUCACGCUUCUUCUUCGAGCGACAAUCUCUUGAACUCGAGCGAGGAUCUUCGUGCCUUGGAAGAACUGGAACAACAAAAGGCAGCUUUGAUUAAAGAGAAGGAAGAUUUCAAGAGAGAGCAGGAAGAACGCGAGGAAAGAUGGGCAGCUAGGAGAGAAGCCCUGGAAGGUGCCCAGCGUGAUUUGGAGAGAGAAUGGGGUGCCCAAUGGAAGGAAUGGGCCGAUGCCAUUGCUAGUCUCGAAUCCAGGCAACGUGAACUACGUACGCGUCGUCAAAUCCUGGAACAAGAACGGCGCGACGAAAUGACGCAAGUAGAAAGUUUAUGUAGGGAAGUCGCCUCUCUACGCACAACAUUGCAGUCCAAGCAUCGUCAGUUACAAGAAUUUUCAAAUAGUCACGAACGUUCGCAUAAGUUACAUCAUCGAUGGGAAAAGACUGACGAGGGUGGUGGUGGAAGCGAUGGAAGUUUGCCAGAAUCUUGGUCAAGUUUGAACGAUGAGAAAUGUGUUGAUGCUGUCAGAGAACUCGUCAAUCAUCACAAAAAGGAAUUAGCAGUACUGGAAACAGAACUGCAAAGCAAGAUGAAAUCCUUAAACGAGCAUCAGAACAAAGUAGAUAAAAUGGAAGAGGAAUUGAUGGAGAUAGCUAAAAAACAAAAGCACAUUUAUAAUUUAGAACAGGAAGGUGACGUAUCAACGAAGAAAAAAGGGUUCUUAGCUAAAAGAUCUCAGGAACAAUUGGAAGAAAUAGUUCGACGUAAGCAAAGUUUAUCGUUAAAUUUAAAAUGUGCGUUGCCAGCUUCGCCGAGUGAAAAAAUGUCGAGCGGAGACGAGGUGGUAUCCGGUUGCGAAUUGAAAUCGUUUCAAGAUAGUUGUAAUAGAAAAUUGCAAAUAGCUUCGGCACUUAGUAUGCUACCUCAGGAUAUACCAAGUUCCGUAGACACUGGUGAAACGUUUCACACGGCUGCCGGUGAUUCGCCGGAACCUCGAUUACUUUUUCAAGAAGUCAUAGAACAUAAUCGUGACAAAUUGGAAAGAGAAAUGAGCGAUAAGGAAUUAAAGAAGCAAGAGGAGGAUAAGGAAGAACAAGAAGAACUAAGGCAAGAAGAAAAAUUACAAGAAUUGCUCAACGGUUCAACGAAUUUGUAUUCAAACGUUAAAGAAGAAGAAGAAGAAGAAAAAGAAGAAGGAGAAGAAGAAGAAUGUAGGAAAUUAAAUAACAUUGAAAGAAAGUCUUCCAAUGAAAGUACGAGUAAUACUGAAAUUAAUAAAGACGACAAUGAUACAUUGAACACGCGUUCCUCGACAAAUUCUACCAUGGAGAACGACGAGAUCUUGCAAGAUUCGUUGGAAUCACCGAUUCAAUCGAAUCCUGCAAUGAAAAGAUUGAACCAAAGAAUAGCACGUCAGAGAAUGAUGGUGAUGAGAUGUUUGGAAUCUAGUACACCAUCUAAGGAAGAUCUCAAUCGUCAGAUAUCUAUCCUCCAAGAUUUUCAGAAGCAACAGAUCGAGUUGGAGGUAUCGUUGUUGGAAGAUGAACGUAAGAAUCCUAAAUCUUUAAGUAACGAGGAUGAUAGAUUAUCGACUAAUAGCGUUGUUGGGGAUGAUCGUACACAAAUAGAUACUAAAUCGUAUCUAGAUUUAACGUCAACCAAUAAUUCUGCUACACUUUUGACCGUAGCUACUACGAGAUCUCAUCUAUUCAGGAACAAUAGGCCUAAUAGCAACGAAGAAGAUGUUACCUCCGAAUCGAUGGUCUCCAGAAUAUCUUCCGGACGUGGUUACUCUACGGUCUAUCUAACCAGUCAAAAUCGUAGCGAUCGUUUGAGCAGUCCUUACUCAUUAACGAUUACGAGGUCUUUACCAUCGUUAAUAGCAAACGAUGGUGAUUGUGACAGCGUGAUCAAUAUGAUCAUUAGCGUACCUUCAUACGUGAUACGCGGAGCUGGUACUUACAGUCAUUACGAAUACGAAGUUAGAAUUGUAGCACAAGAUGACAAUUGGACGUUGUUGAGAAGAUAUAGAACUUUUCGAGAGUUGUAUAUUUCGAUGAGUAAGAAGUACGGUUGUAAGGUUGCAGGAAUACGUUUUCCUCCUCGUAUUUUCUUUCCAAGAAACGAAGUGGUCGCACGACAACGUAGAAAACACCUCGAGGAAUACCUUAGACGAUUAAUUCAAGUCUGCUCUAAAUUACCUCAGUGCAAACCGUUAUAUAAAUAUAAUGGUAAUUUGAGUAAUAUAGAUAAACAAUCCUUAUUGGAAUUUAGUUACUUUUUCAGACGAGACAUUCGAGAGCAGCAAAUACGGGACUAGUUAGAAAGUUUAUGUGUACGAUGAUGUGUUGGAUGGGGGGAUACAUACAUACAUACCACAUACACACACACACAUACAUACACACACAAUGGUGUCUUGUUUAUCUCUAUA